AAUCAUCGGUAACUUCGUAGCCAUGAACAACGAUUAGGCUGUUAAGCAAAGCGCAACAGCAACAGCAACAGCAAAAGCUAAACGCAGACUCACUCAAGUGACAAAGGUGCAACAACAACAACAACAACAUAAUUAAUGGGGAAACGUUAUUGCUGUUGUUGGGGUAAUGCGCGAAUGCCCAAUUACUUUCAACUGCGCAAGCGCCACAGACAGGUGUUGUUAACGAAGGCGCGACAGUUUUACUAAGACUGUCAGAAGUUGCAGAGCAAAAUGCUGCCAAGGCGCAUUAUAACCCUUUCAAUAUUGUGUAUUCUGUGCGAUUAUGCCACCGGAGGUGUCAUGGACAACAUCAACGAUGGCCUGAAGAUCGCUGGGAAAGUGUUUGGCAUCAAUACUGCAGCCGAUGUGGCCAACCUGGUGGCAAAGGCUUUCUCUGGCGCGACAACACAACGCAAACCUGACAUCAUGGGCGUUUUGCGACAGGGAUUUCAGUCACAAGUCGAUAAUGAAGACCAGAGAUACGAGCAGUCGGAGCAAGAUAGUGAUCCUGAGAAUGCACAGGAAGUACCGCCCCUGCAGUCCCAGGAGUAUGGAUCACGACAGCCAACGCGUCAAAAGCCUGCCCCACUUUUCGAUUUCAAUACCGGGCAGAUGAUGACUAAUAUGCUGCAUAUGGUGGGAUUUGAUGCUCGAAAAUUGGGUGCACUGGCCCUCAAUGCUCUAAUAAUGAUAGCCCAGGCGAUUGGUAGUGCGCUGAUGCAAGGGACACGGGGUGAGGGCGGAUUAUUCGGCACAUCACCACCGGGCGAACGUCCAGCAGAAGAAAACCGCAGUUCCGGACCUGAAGCGAUAUUCGAGCCAAAUGAUCAUCAGCCACGCUCAUUGCGUUCUGGCACACCCAUCGAUUGGUUUCUACAGCGGCCAGGGAAGCACACGAAAAAACUGGUGCAACAGAUCAUGGAUCGUGAAUUACCCGAUCGCAUAGUGAACAUGAUCGAGCAGAGAGAGAAUGACCCAGAUGGCGGAGAUGCCGGGUGCCUGAAGCUGCUUAUGUGCAAGAGCUCCCCCAUUAUUUGGGGCAUGCAAAAGUCGCUGAAGCAGCGCCUGAGGAGAAGUUUACCUACAGAAAAGGAAGAAGAAGAGGAAGAUCCCAAGGGGAAUGAUGAAACUGAGCAAGAGUCCAACAGCUACUUCAAUACGGGAAUAUUUUUCCAGCACUUGCCCAGCAUUGCCGAGUUUCGUGAGCACGGGGAGCAGUGUGAGGCUCGCUACGCAAUUGGCUGUCCACGAAAUAGAACUCAAUUCCAGACUCGAACAUAAUUAUUAAUACGUAGGAGCUAUUUUUAAUACCUAUCAUCAAUAAAUACUUGUUGUUUAUAAAGCUUGUGUGCCAUUAAAUUUAAAUAGCUACGACCUUGUCGGUGGCUACAACUGAUUGGCCAGAUCGCUGACUGCUGUGCUUGGCCUAAUGUUCCAUGAAAUGACCUCUAAAAUGCAUUUGACUUGUGUAAUUUUGCCAGCAUCAUCAUUAAAAAGUGGAGCUUUGCAACGUAUUACACUAUCAGCAAUGAUAACGAGCCCGCCUAAUCUGAGCGCAUUAACUAAAAUAAGUACGCCGACUUUAUUGACAGAGCCAGCACACGAAGUGCUGGGCAAACGCGCUAAUCUCUUGUGAAAUGCGCCGCCAAAUGGCAUUUCAAUUUCACAAGGUAUUAGAUGGUUUCAAGUAUUUGUA